AUGACGCGUGGGUCCGCCUCCUUGGACGCGUGCGCCUGCGACGCCCUGCUCGAGGAAGAUCUCCUCGAUCUUGAGCUCGCGGCGGGCGGGGGGGAGGGGGGUGGCCUCCUCCUCCUCCCUCGCCGAGCGCUCCAUUAUGGCGCGCUUGAGGUGGUCCUCCUGCCCCAUGGGGAGGUAGUCUUCGGGGCCAAUAACGCCUCGACGCGGCGGGUCCGUGUCGGCCUCGAGCUUGACGGCGAGGGCCCGAGCUCCUCCGGCUCUCUCUUGACCGGAGUGAGAAGUGAGGGUUGGAGAGGGGCACUCGACCCCAACCCGCACUCCUCUUCCCACGUCGCGCGGGAGGGAAAAAUCCCAUCCCCAGCCUCCCGCCUCCUCCCUCCCAAGCCGCCGCUCGCCGCCCGCCGCCAAUCCGGCCGGCCCCCUCGCCUCCCCUCGACGCACGCCGCCCGCCGCCGGCUGCGCCACACUCCCCGCCGCCGGAUCCGUCGUUCCCCGCCGUCUCCCGCCCCACGCAGCACCCACCCGUGCCGCGCGAUCGCCGUCGCCGCCCCGAGCUUUCUCCUCGCCGUCCAGCCGCCACCCGGCCUCCUCAACCUCUCCUCCACCUCCUCGACCUCCCCCAGCCGCCGCGCCCCGCCCCCCCGGCCGCCCGCCGCCUCCCGCACCAGGCCGCCUGCCGUGCCCCGCCCACCAUCAACAGCGGCCUCCCGCCCCCCAGCCGCCUCCCGCAGCCAGAGGCAGGCCGGCCCCAGGCCUCCUCGAGCUCUCCUCACCGCGCCAGAGGCCAGGCGGGCCAGAGGCAGCCGCGUCGCCCCGAGCUCCCCGCGGAUGGAGGUGAACACCGACGACAUGGAGUCGUUGUCCGAUGAUUCCGGUUGGUCGUCAUUGGACGAUUCGGACAUUGAGGAGUUGCUUCAAGACGAUGACGUCGAGAUGAUGGGCCUCCUCCUUGACGUGCAAGAGUUUGAAGACCGCGCGAAGCUGAUGGAUCAGAGGAGAGGGUCGAAGAUGGGGCGAGUCACCAUCUACCGGAACCGCGGUCUCGGACACGAGCAAUUGAUGCAAGACUACUUCGCGGAGUGUGAUUGCUUCAGUUUGCACCACUAA